GAAGGUGGUACGUUAAUAUUAAGUUUACAGAAAGCGAUCGCUAAGUCCGCGACUUAUGUAAAUCACGAUGUACGCAUUCAUGCAAUAAAGGAUGACGCGAAUUUCGGUUUCAAAUCUGUUUUUUGGAUGCGUAGUAGUUUCGUUUGACAUGCGAUCGCGCGUCGACAUCGGACGCUAUGACACACUCGUGCCUUAUGUGCCACCGAAACCCCGAAGUGGUCUGGCAUAUACCUUCACAUAUAUGCAAUGGCAAGCCCUUCCGUGUGUUCCAAAGACAAUGCCUACGCCUAGCCACAGCAGCUCCCUCAUACAGACUCCGCAAGCCAAGAGGCCGUGGAGGCAAAUGCAGGCAGCCAGCACACCUCGAACAGCCACCUUGACUGCGGGUGUGUCACCCUAGUCGCCAAGGAAACAUUUGAGGGAAAGUGACAGGCAAUGUGAACAGCCACUCCUCCAUGUAAACAAUACUCUUUCUCUCGGAUGACUCCUACGCCUCACCACGCCAGCACACUUGUGCACAAAGAUGCCGCAGAGGCACGUGCAGGUCAGAGGCAAGAAGCAGUGGCACUGGUGUCGACAUUUACCCAAUUUCUUUUUCUUACACUGAGGCAGCCAGCACACCUCGCUCGAACAGCCACCUCGACUGCGGGUGUGUUAGUUGAUCCCUGUUGUACAUAUGCUCAUAAUAAACUUCAGUAAACUUGAACUUCAUAAUAAACUUGAAGGCAAAUGGUACAUUGAUGCAUUGUAUUUUUGAACAUUUAUUGUACACAUACAAUAUAUGUUAUACUUUGCAGUGCUACAGAGCGUAUUUUGAAGC